AUGUUUCACAGGGGCUUUGCGACGCACAAUGAGCGGCCAAGGCGGCCAGGCGGCUGGCGAAUGCAGCCUUACCCACAUUUCACUGCGGCCUGCGAGGUGGCAUUCGAUGCACGCCCUGCCAUGGCAGACGAACUGCUGGCGGUGCAGACCUCCUUCCUACGCCGGAUGCUGGGCCUCAACACGCGAUCAAUGUUGGUGGUGCUCUACUCCGAGACGGGUCUCUGGUCGUUGAAGUACAGGCGCGUCGCCCUCGGCUUGCGCUAUCUCCUGUACGUGCUGGAGAAGCGUCCUGCCCUCCCGUACGCUGCCCCUGCGGAGGUGCGUGCGCUGGCAUUGGAGGGACAGCCCUCGUAG